GAGCGGCGCUCCGAGGGUCCCACUGCAGGCCGGCGCAGCCCGGCCCCGCGGACUGUCCACCUGGCUGCCGCCGGACCCGGGAGGUGUGCCCGCGCUCGCCCCAGUCCCUGGGUGCCAGGCCCCAGGCCGACCUGGCGGCCGGGUUCUCGUCUCUGCCCAGCCCGCGGCCUUUCCUCCUGAAGUGGACCCAGCCUUGAGGUUGGACGGGGAGACUUCUCGCCCAUUCGAAUUCUGGGUUUUCAGCCCGUCUUGACUUUCCGAGGUAACCCCCAAUCUUCCGGCCCCUUGCGCUUCCAGGAAUCUCCAGCCUUAAUGACAGUCCUAAGGAGACACGCACUUUUCGGGAUAUGACGUAGAUGAUGGAUGGCCCUUCCGAGGUGUCUGCAUUCCAGACCGACAGCUUAGAGCUGGAGCUGGGGACUGAUUGGUGCAAAGCCCCCUGCUUUUCUUGUGCUUUCGACCACAGGGGAGAAGAAAAAAAAUUUUCUGGCGAGUCCUACCUUGCCAGCGGAGCCCUUAAGCGUUUAAUUUUAAAUCUUGAUCCUUUACCAACUAAUUUUGAAGAGGAUACAGUGGAACUAUUUGGCAUCCAGUGGGUUACUGAAACAGCAUUAGUAAAUUCAUAUCGAGAACUCUUUCAUUUAUUCAGGCAGCAACUGUACAACUUGGAAACCUUGUUGCAGGUCAGCUGUGAUUUUGGGAAAAUAUCAACCCUGCACUACAAAGCAGACAAUAUUAGGCAGCAGUGUGUGAUUUUUCUCCAUUAUGUCAAAGUUUUCAUCUUCAGGUUCUUGAAAGUACAAGAUGCUGAGAGCCGUGAUACUCCUGUGCAUCCCUAUGAGGUUUUGCAGGUUCGACUUCCCUCCGUGCUGGCUGAUGAACUUCAUGGAAUACUUUUGUAUAUUGGACACCUAUCUGCACUUCCCAGUGUUAAUCUAGGUGCAUUUGUACAUCAAAACCACACCAAGCUUUUCUCACCGUCAUGGCAUUUAUUACAUCUCCACUUAGAUAUCCAUUGGCUGGUGCUGGAGAUACUUCACAUGCUGGGUGGAAAAUUGAAACAAGUUGUGUAUGGUCAUCAGUUUAUCAGUAUGGCAGGUGACAAUUUAACCAAUGGUAGCCUCUUUGAAGAACACUGUGAAAACCUUCUUUGUGACUUAAUAAGCCUAUCACUCAACAGGUAUGACAAGAUUAGGCCUUGUGAAGCACUGAUGGCUGAUCACUGCCCGUGCUCAUGCAUCACAGAGUUAUGGGUCUUGCUUAUUCAUCUCCUGCAAUACAGAAGUAAAUGGUCUACCACAGAAUCAUUUUGGAACUGGUUGAAUAAACUACUUAAAACACUCUUGGAAAAUUCAAGCAAGCAAAGAAGACUGCCUGUCCCAGUGGCCAGGGAUCCACUGGGCUUUAGCUGGUGGAUUAGUGCUCAUGUAGCAUCAUUGUUCCAGUUUGAUCGCCAUGGUAUACCAGAAAUGAGACAAAUGGAAUCAAAUUGGAACUUUGUAGAAGAACUUUUAAAACAGUCUGUCUCUGCUCAGGAGGGCAUACUAGAAGAACAAUUACGAAUGCAUCUUCACUGUUGUUUGACACUUUGUGAUUUCUGGGAGCCAAACAUUUCAGUUGUUACUAUUCUAUGGGAAUAUUAUAGUAAGAACCUGAAUAAUUCCUUCAGUGUUUCUUGGCUUCCUUUGAAAUGCCUUGCUAACAUCAGGUCAUCCUCAUCUAUGCUUGAAAUAGUGAAGACCUGCUGUUAUGAUAAACAAGAUGCUGAUCUGUGUAAAUCCAGCAGUAGUUUUAUCAUCUUUCUUUGCAUUUUGGCAAAAGUUGUUAAGAAAGCAAUGAAGAGCAACGGCCCUCAUCCUUGGAAACAGGUCAAAGGAAGAAUAUAUUCUAAAUUUCAUCAAAAAAGAAUGGAAGAACUCACCGAAGUUGGUCUGCAGAACUUUUUCCACCUUUUUCUACUGCUGGCAGUUGUUGCAGAGGUAGAAGAUGUAGCAAGUCAUGUUUUAGACCUCCUGACUUUCCUCAGGCCUGCCUGUCUGUCAUCUCACAGAGCCCUUGUGUGGAAGGGUCAAAUGGCAUUUCUUCUUUUAUAUGCUCAGAAAAAUCUGGACAUUAGUGUUUUGGCUGAGAAAUUUUCAUGUGAGUUCCGAGAGAAAGCAAAGGAAUUCUUGGUAUCUAAGAAUGAUGAGAUGGUACAGAGACAUACUCUCUGGAUACUUCUUUCCAUCUACAUCGAUGGUGUCCAAGAAGUGUUUGAGACCAGCUAUUGUUUGUAUCCUUCUCAUGAGAGUCUGCUUAAUGAUGGAUUCAGUAUGCUUCUGCCAGCCUGUCAAGAAUCUGAGGUUAGGACAGUGUUGAACUUUCUACAAGCUGUUCUGGCCAGAGUCAGGAGUAUUCAUCAACAAUUGUGUCAGGAACUUCAAAGGGAGAAUGUGGACCUAAUUACACAGUCUUCAUUAUCGGCUAAAGAGCGCCACCUUGCUGCAGUUGCCAGUGCACUAUGGAGACAUUUCUUCUCAUUUCUAAAGAGUCAGAGAAUGGCACAGAUUGUGCCUCUCUCACAACUUGCAGAUAUAGCUGCAGAUUUUACUUUGUUGGCAGUGGACAUGCCCAGCACAGCCCCAUCAGAUCUUCAGCCUCAGCCAGUUAUAGCAAUAAUUCAGCUUUUUGGCUGGGAUGAUAUCAUCUGGCCCCAAGUUGUAGCAAGAUACUUAAGUCAUUUACUACAAAAUAGUAUGUUAUGGGAAGCACUUUCUCGUUCAAGCUGUUUAUCUUUUCAAUCCCUAACUAUAAGAUCAUGGAUCCGUUGUAUUUUGCAAAUGUAUAUAAAAAGAUUCUCUGAGCCAGAUGAUUUGUUCGUUGAUGUAAAUCCUGAACAGGCAGUUGAAAAGGAGUAUCGGGAACAGCUGGCUGAAAUGACAAGAUUACUGCUUCAACUCUCGGAAGUAAAGAAUGUUUUCUUAAAGGCUCAAGUAGAAUAUUUGCCCAGCCCAGAGGACCCUAAGACAGCACUUGUCCAAUUUCUUGAGGCUGUCGGUAUAGUUUACAGGACUCUCCACACACUUCCUGAGAAAUCGGCCAUGGUGACAAAGUCCUUAGAAUACUUGGGGGAAGUCCUGAAAUACAUAAAACCUUAUCUGGGGAAAAAAACUUCCAGUGCAGGGCUGCAGCUGACUUACGGGAUAAUGGGAAUUCUUGUUAAAUCAUGGGCACAGAUUUUUGCCACCUCAAAAGCCCAGAAGUUACUGUUUCGGAUCAUAGAUUGUUUGCUACUGCCUCAUGUGGUACUACAGCAAGAGAAGGAGCUUCCUGUACCCAUGCUGACUGCAAUUCAGAAGAGCCUUCCUUUAUUUCUCCAGGGCAUAUGCGACGUGUGCUGUCAGUCUCAAAAUCCAAAUGCCUAUUUGAAUCAGUUGCUAGGGAAUGUGAUUGAGCAGUACAUUGGGCGGUUUCUUCCGGCUUCACCAUACAUUGCAGGUCUCGGACCCCAUCCUGUUUUGUUGGCACUGAGAAACUCAGCCACUGUUCCAGUGAUAUCUUCUCUAAAGAAACACAUCACUCAAGUCAUAAGGAAAUCCUACCUUGAAUUUAAAGGCUCCUCACCCCCUCCUCGCCUAGCAUCCGUUUUGGCCUUCAUCCUCCAGCUCUUCAAGGACACUAACGUGGGUGUUGGUGACAUUGAAUUUCUGCUCCCUGGAGUCUUCAAAUGUUUAGUGUUGGUCAGUGAACCCCAAGUUAAAAGGCUGGCCACAGAGAACCUGCAGUGCAUGGUAAAAACCUGCCAAGUGGGGUCAGAAGGAGAACCUGCCACCCAGCUGACUUCUCUGUUUAGACAGUUAAUCCAGGACUAUGGCAUGAGAUACAGUUACCAAGUUUACAGCAUUUUGGAGACAGUAGCCACGCUGGACCAGCAAAUUGUUAUCCACUUGAUUCCUACUCUCACUCAGUCUCUGAAGGAUUCAGAGCUGAAAUGGGGCCUUGGCAGAAAUAUUGCCCAAAGGGAUGCAUAUAGCAAACUUUUAUCUUACCUGGGACAGGUGGGACAAAAAGAGAAGCAGAAGCUGGAAAAUGAAAAGAUGUGUAUUUCAUGAUUUUCCCUGUGUACUGAUUAUCUCUGUCUGAAGCUACUUUGUACCAUAUCAACUGGUACUUUUAAUUAAUUGUAUAAUGUUCUACUAAAAAUAAUUUUACCUAUAUGUAUAAAGUAUGUAAAUAAGGAAUAAAAGUUAGUAAUAACUAACAGGAUCCUUGGAAUGUGCAAACUAUGCUCUAUGUUGAAAAGAUUUUCAUUAAACUGAAGAACACUUUUCUGA